AAUAACAUGCUAAAUUUAAAAGAAAGUCCAGAUUGGAAAAAAGGGAAAAAGCUUGAUUCGACUACAUUAAUAUAGAUUUUUUGUUUUUUUUUACUUCUGGUAAAUCACAAUUUAAAUGGAAUGACAUAAUAUUCUGAAGCAAGUAUAUUUUAAGCUGAUCAAUUUCGAAUACCAGAGGAGCACUCAAUUACAGAUGAUUACUUUAAUUUCGGUGACACAAAUAACUUUGCAUUUUCUGAUAUUGAUUUUGAGAUAAACAAAUUUGUACCAAUUGGUAUUUAAAACCAUAUUAUUAAGAUAAGAAUUCUCCUAUAUUGAUAAUAUUGACACGGGGGAUUAAUUUAGUACAGGACAGCAAUAACCAUAAUAAUUGAAACCGAUUUCUAUGUAGUAAUAAUAUGACAUUUUAUUUGAAUUUAAGAGCUCAAUCAAGAAUAAAGUUAUUGCAGGAUCUGAUUUUUUUUCUAAAGUAUUAGAUUAUGCUAAUAAAUUAUUAUUGAAUAAAUUUAAGUCAAGUAAAUAUGUUUAAAUUACUCAAGUCCCCAAAAUUAAUGAUAAAAACUCAAAAAAAAUUAAUCAUUCUAUGAGAAUUAAAGGAAAUAAAUAACAUAAAUUUAUGAUCUCUAAAUUAGAAACAUGGGAUGUUCAUUUAAAAUCUAUUCGAACUCAUUUUAUGUAAAAAAUAUUUAAUAAAUUAUGGAAAAUACCAACAUAAUAGAUUCUCAAAGCUCAUUGUUUUUCUGGUAAUAGUAGUUUAUAAAAUAAAAUUCAUAUAAUAGUUUAUUUAUAAAAUGAGUUAGAGGAAAUAGAAAUUUAAUAUUCUGAUUUUUAACUUAAAUAAGAAAUUUACUAAAAUAUAAUCCAAAGAAUGAUUUUCUGCUUAGAUCUAGCAAUCUAAUUAAAUAAUUAAGCAGAUGAACUUAUUUUUGAUGUUCUUUUUAAAGGAUUUAUAGCAGAAUUAUUUCAUUAUUGA